AUGGAAGAAAAAUUAGAAAGGGAGAAGAAAAUUGAAGGAUGGCUUCCUAUUAAUGCAGACAGGAGUGCAAAAUGGUGGAGCUCAGCUUUUCACAAUGUCACUGCCAUGGUUGGAGCCGGUGUUCUUGGUCUCCCCUAUGCCAUGUCACAACUUGGAUGGGGUCCAGGUGUAACUUUACUUAUUCUUUCAUGGAUCAUUACACUAUAUACAUUGUGGCAAAUGGUUGAGAUGCAUGAAAUGGUUCCAGGAAAACGUUUUGAUAGAUACCAUGAAUUAAGUCAACAUGCUUUUGGAGAAAAGUUGGGUCUUUAUAUUGUGGUUCCUCAACAAGUUAUAGUAAUGCUUGGUGGGAACAUUGUGUACAUGGUCAUUGGGGGUACAUCCUUGCAAAAGUUCCAUGAUAUAGUAUGUCCAAGUUGUAAAAAGAUUAGAUUGACCUUUUUCAUUAUGAUAUUUGCCUCUGCUCAAUUCGUAUUGUCUCACCUACCCAACUUUAACUCCAUUUCUGGUGUAUCUUUGGUUGCAGCAAUCAUGUCCAUCUGUUAUUCUACAAUUGCUUGGGUUGCUAGUGCGCAUAAGGGAGUACAAGAAAAUGUACAGUAUAGUAACAAUGCUACAACUACUACAAACUUAGUCUUUAAUUUAUUUAAUGCAAUAGGCUCUGUUGCUUUUGCUUAUGCUGGACACAGUGUGGUAUUAGAAAUCCAAGCAACAAUUCCUUCAACAACUGAAAACCCAUCUAAGGUUGCAAUGUGGAAAGGAGUUGUGGUUGCCUAUAUCAUUGUUGCUUUGUGCUAUUGGCCCGUUGCAAUUAUUGGUUAUUGGAUGUUUGGUAAUGAGGUUAAGGAUAAUAUUCUCAUAUCUUUAGAGAAACCAACUUGGAUGAUUGCAAUGGCCAACUUCUUUGUUGUUUUCCAUGUAAUUGGAAGCUAUCAGGUGUUUGCAAUGCCAAUGUUUGACAUGCUUGAAAGUGUAUUGGUGAGGAAAUUGAAUUUUGAGCCAAGUAUAAUGCUUCGAUUUGUCGUUCGUAAUCUAUACGUGGCAUUCACAAUGUUCAUUGCUAUUACAUUUCCAUUUUUCGGUGGUUUGCUAGGUUUUUUUGGAGGGUUUGCCGUUACUCCAACAACAUACUUUCUUCCAUGUAUCAUAUGGCUUAAAAUCUAUAAUCCUAAAAGAUUCAGCUUGUCUUGGUGUACUAAUUGGAUAUGUAUUGUGCUUGGGCUAUGUAUAAUUAUUUUAGCACCUAUUGGAGCAUUGAGGAAUAUUAUACUUGAAGCCAAGACCUACCAAUUUUACACAUAA